UUGAGUAAGAUUAAGUAACUUUGAUAUGGUCGGAAUGGGGAGGAAAGAUCAGAGAGAGAAGAAUGGAGGAGAGAAGGUCAAAGCUGUUCUUGAAUUGUUGAGGAAACAAGAUCCGCUUACAGUAAAACAGGAAAAGUUUUGCAAUUAUGCUUGCGUUGGACGAUUUCUGAAAGCAAAAGGAGACAACGUGAAGAAAGCAGCGAAGCAUUUAAGAGCAUGUCUUUCUUGGAGGGAGAGUAUCGGCACUGAAUAUUUGAUUGCAGAUGAGUUUGCUGCUGAGCUUGCAGAAGGUUUCGCCUACGUUGCUGGUCAUGAUAACGAUUCCAGGCCUGUUGUGAUUUUCCGGAUUAAACAAGAUUAUCAGAAGUUUAACUCUCAGAAACUGUUUAUCCGAUUACUGGUUUUUACACUUGAAGUGGCCAUUGGAUCCAUGCCUAAAAACGUCGAACAGUUCGUUCUCCUCUUCGAUGCUAGCUUUUACAGAUCAGCUUCGGCUUAUAUGAAUUUUUUACUAGCAUCACUGAAGAUCGUAUCGGAAUACUACCCUGAGCGGCUGCACAAGGCCUUCGUCAUCGACCCUCCGUCCUUUUUCUCUUACCUGUGGAAGGGGGUUCGUCCGUUCAUUGACUUAUCGACGGUGAUGAUGAUAGUGUCAUCACUCGACUACGAAGAGUCGUCGGAGUAUGAUGAUUUCUCGGCAUUCCCACGAGCUUCUUCGCUGCGGUUCGAUCCGUCAUCGAUUCCGUCAACAGGGAAGAUCGGCACUUCGUCCUCCACUCGGUUCUCCUUCACGGUCUCUCACCAUUCCGAUUCUCUCAAGCCUUGGUACCUCAGCUUGAAGGACACGUCAGCAUCAUCUAAGGUAGGAACCACCAUCAGCAGCCCAUCUGCAUCUCUCAUGGGCCCCGCCCUCAUUUCCCCACUUAACGCCCGUUCAUUCUCCUUCGCAUCACCGGCUGCCCGGACGCCACGUUGCAGCACCCCUGGUCCCACCAGGAAGAACAACCAAUUCUUCACUUCGACCCCAUUGCCACAGAGAGUUAACAACAACAGCAAUCCGAGGACACCUAGACCAUCAUUCCUUCAAUCCCCAGCUAUGUUCUUCAGGAAAGAAAAAGAUUGCCACGUCAGCAGAACGGAGAAGAGCCGGGAGUCCUUUCUACCCUUCUUGAGGUUCUACCGGAGACCAUACGACGAGAUGGUUUACAGGUCAAAGAUGAAGCCACCACUGGGUGGGCUCAUCUCCAUCGUCUCUCCCCAAAUCAAAAGGCCCCACAUGUCACAAUCUCAGAGGUUCUAAACACACAAAGUACAUACAAUAUUAUAUAUAAAUAAUAAUUGAUCAUAAUUAAUAACCCUACUACUAAUA